UCGGUUGCUUGUAUCCGUGAUCUCGUUCUUUCAGUCAUUGCAAAGCUCAUGACCAUAGGUGAGGAUUGGGACGUAGAUCGACCGGUAAAUCGAGAGCCUGGCUUUCUGGCUCAGCUCCCUCUUCACCACGACAGAUCUGCUCAGUGUCCGCAUCGCUGCAGACCCCGAACCAAUCCGCCUGUCGAUCUCCCGAUCCCUCCUACCCUCACUCGGGAAAAGUGACUACCGGGGAAAACUACUUUACUACAACUCAUGUCAGGUCAGGUCAGGUCACACCCUUCUGACGGACUUUACCAGCCUUUGCUCCUGUCUGGUUUCGAACUUUUUCAGGUCCUGUCUCCGGUGUGUCUGCCCGGUGAGACCGAGCCUGGAGUCCGCUCGUCUGGGAUCAAUUUGUGGGCGUUUCUGUGUUAUCAGACAGAAUGAUGGGCAUUUGCAGCAGAACUGCGGCGGGGAUGGCGAAGACGUGUGGAUUAGUGCGACUGCGACACCUGGUGAAGCCAGUCUCAGCGACUCGGGUCUCUGGCCGGUACCUGACCCACCAGAGGGGGCUACCGUGUCUGCCUGUGCCCCCGCUGCAGCAGACCUGUGAGCGCUACAUCUUGGCCCUGGAGCCCAUCGUGGAGGCCGAUGAGCUGACCCACACUAAGGAACUCGUUCAGGAGUUCCAGAAAACCGGAGGAAUCGGAGAACAUCUGCAGAAAGGCCUGGAAAAGAGAGCACAGAGCUCUGAGAAUUGGCUGUCUCAGUGGUGGGUUCAGGUGGCUUAUCUAGACUUCCGGAUGCCGGUGGUGGUCCACUCCAGUCCGGGCUUGGUCUUGCCUCGCAUGGACUUCACUGAUAAGCAGGGUCAAAUCAGCUUUGCCGCUAAACUGAUCGCCGGCGUUUUGGACUUCAAAACGAUGAUCGAUAAUGAAACUCUUCCGGUGGAGUACAUGGGGGGGAAGCCUCUGUGCAUGAACCAGUACUACGAGGUCCUGUCCUCCUGCCGUGUCCCCGGGGUGAAGAGGGACUCGGUGGUGAAUCACGCCAAGAGCUCGCCGCCUCCCAGACACAUCACGGUGGUCCACAACUUCCAGUUCUUUGAGCUGAUGGUGUACAACAGCGACGGGACUCCUCUGACGACAGAUCAGCUCAGCGUUCAGCUCCAGAGGAUCUGCAGCGCCUCGCCAGAGGCCGACACGGAUCGCGUUGGACUGCUCACCACUCUGCAUCGAGACACCUGGGGCAGAGCGUACCUCAAGCUGAUCUCAGACAAAACCAACAAAGAGUCGGUCACCUCCAUCCAGAGGAGCAUCUUCGCCUUGUGCCUCGACGGAGCCAUGCCUCGUGUGUCUGAUGACGAGUACCGCAGCUGCGCCGCGGUCCAGAUGUUACACGGAGGAGGCAGCGACUGGAACAGCGGGAACCGCUGGUUUGACAAGACGCUGCAGUUCAUCGUUGGUGAAGAUGGAACGUGUGGGGCGAACUACGAGCACGCUCCAGCUGAAGGCCCGCCCAUCGUGGCUCUGAUCGACCAUGUGGUGGAGUACACGAGGAAGCCUGAGAUGGUUCAGUCUCCCGCCUCGUCUCUGCCGCCGCCUCUUAAACUCCAGUUCAGCGUCACACCUGAGAUACGGAAGAACAUUGAAGAGGCCGAACGCAGCAUGAACAGGCUGGCCCAGGACCUGGACAUGAAGGUUACAGUGUUCAAACACUUUGGGAAGAACAUUCCAAAAGCCAACAAGAUGAGUCCGGAUGCGUUUAUACAGGUAGCUCUGCAGCUGGCCUACUACAGGAUGUACCGGACCUGCUGUGCCACCUAUGAGAGUGCUUCGCUGCGAAUGUUCCGGCUGGGUCGAACCGAUACCAUCCGAUCUGCCUCUAAUUCCUCAGCCUCCUUUGUGAAGGCCUUCGACAAUCCCAGCAAACAGAACCCAGAAAAGGUGGAUUUAAUGGAGAGAGCGGUGAGAGCCCAUCGAUCGUACACCGCCAUGGCGGUCAGCGGGCAGGCCAUCGACAGACACCUUCUGGGUCUGAAGAUGCAGGCCCUGGAGGAGAAUCUUUCAGUUCCUGCCGUCUUCAGAGACCCGGCGUACGCCAAAGCUCUACAUUACCGUCUGUCUACCAGUCAGGUUCCGUCCAAGACCGACUGCGUCAUGUGUUUUGGUCCGGUGGUGCCCGACGGCUACGGCGUGUGCUACAACCCCAUGGAGGACCACAUCAACUUUGCUGUGUCGUCCUUCAACACGUGUGAGGAAACGAGAGCAGCAGACCUGGCGCGCGCGGUGGAGGAGGCGCUGCUGGACAUGAGGAGGGUUCUGGACCAAAGUCCAAGAUCCAAACUGUGAACGACCUACAAAUCCGACCUCCAGACGCAGAGGAAGAGUCCACCGACGUGAGGAUUUACGAGCUGGAGACGUUACUUUUCUAAUCAUGUUGCUGCACUUUAAACCCACUGGGAGGUUCUGUUUGGUUCGGUUUCGUCAAUCAGAACCUGAUUAAUGAUGAAGUCUGAGUCUCACUGAAACAAUCGUCUGGAAGUUGCAGCUCUGAACUAGAAGAUUUUGGUCAGAUAUUUUAGGAAUAUUUUCCAUAAUUUAAGCUUUUUUUUAUUAAUGAAUAAUUUAAAACAUGUUUAAUCUGUAAAUGUUUCUGAAUUUCUAAUGAUUAAUUUAGACGUUUCAUGUCGGUGCCGGUGCCACUCGCGGUGCUGCGGAAUCUGGUUCUGGACUCAGUCAGCAGGUUCUGAACUGGUUUCUCUGGGUUUGGACUUGUUUGGCUCGAGCAUCCCAUCCCGUUCAUGUUGGGCGGGAGUUUCUUUCCCUUCAGAAUAAAAGCAGAGGCUUGUGUUUUAUUUUGUAAUCAGCGGGUCCUUUUGAUGCUUGUAGCUGAUUCUCGUGAGAUCAAGAUGAGACAUUUUGGGCUUCGUAGGAACCUUUGGUUCUACAAAAUUUAGGUUUAAAUGUUUUUGAGGCUCAGAUUUCUGCAGAACGACGGAAAUGCCGUCAGAUUUCGUUUGAUGAAGCUUUUAGGCCAGUUUCUGAUGACAGCAGGAGGCGGAGCUCCCGUUAACUCCGGAACAAUAAAAUCAGACUUUUCUAAUCCA